CGCUUUUGUUCUCGCGAUAUUUCCGGAUACACGGGAGCCCCGGCGGCCCGGGCUUCUGUGAAACAUGGCGGUCGACUGGGACCGUAACACAAGAUUCUUGCCUUAGGAUCCAUUUCUAAUGAGGAAUUCAUUUAGUGAAAAAGGAAGUGAUGACAUUUAUGUCCUUGUUAGCAAUCAUGACUAUAUGAAGGAAGAGGAGGGUUUUCCUGAAGAUGAGGCGACUGAAUCGGAGAAAAACCUUAAAUUUGGUGAAAGAGUUGGAUGCCUUUCCAAAGGUUCCUGACAGCUAUGUAGAGACUUCAGCCAGUGGGGGAACAGUUUCUCUAAUAGCAUUUACCACUAUGGCUUUAUUAACAAUAAUGGAAUUCUCAGUGUAUCAAGAUACGUGGAUGAAGUACGAAUAUGAAGUUGACAAGGAUUUUUCUAGCAAAUUGAGAAUCAACAUAGAUAUUACUGUUGCCAUGAAGUGUCAAUAUGUUGGAGCAGAUGUAUUGGAUUUAGCAGAAACAAUGGUUGCAUCUGCAGAUGGUCUAGUUUAUGAACCAGUAAUAUUUGAUCUUUCACCACAGCAGAAAGAGUGGCAGAGGAUGCUGCAGCUGAUUCAGAGUAGGCUGCAAGAAGAGCAUUCACUUCAAGAUGUGAUAUUUAAAAGUGCUUUUAAAAGUGCAUCAACAGCACUUCCACCAAGGGAAGAUGAUUCAUCACAGUCUCCAGAUGCAUGCAGAAUUCGUGGUCAUCUAUAUGUUAAUAAAGUAGCAGGGAAUUUUCACAUAACUGUGGGCAAGGCAAUUCCACAUCCUCGAGGUCAUGCACAUUUAGCAGCACUUGUCAACCAUGACUCUUACAACUUUUCUCACAGAAUAGAUCAUUUGUCUUUUGGAGAACUUAUUCCAGGAAUUAUUAAUCCUUUAGAUGGAACUGAAAAAAUUACUAUAGAUCACAACCAGAUGUUCCAAUAUUUUAUUACAGUUGUGCCAACAAAACUACAUACAUAUAAAAUUUCAGCAGAUACCCAUCAGUUUUCUGUGACAGAAAGGGAACGUAUCAUUAACCAUGCUGCAGGCAGCCAUGGAGUCUCUGGGAUAUUUAUGAAAUAUGAUCUCAGUUCUCUUAUGGUGACAGUUACUGAGGAGCAUAUGCCAUUCUGGCAGUUUUUUGUAAGACUUUGUGGUAUUGUUGGAGGAAUCUUUUCAACAACAGGCAUGUUACAUGGAAUUGGAAAAUUUAUAGUUGAAAUAAUUUGCUGUCGUUUCAGACUUGGAGCCUAUAAAUCUGUCCAUUCUGUUCCCUUUGAGGAUGGCCACACAGACAACCACUUACCUCUUUUAGAAAAUAAUACACAUUAGCAACUCCUGAGGGAAGGAGAUAAACUUUUUGCCUGAGACAUAAAACCUUUUUUAAUAAUAAAAUAUUGUGCAAUACAUUCAAAGAAAAGAAAAUAUGAGUGAGAACCUGGAAACACACUUAUUUUAAAAAAGAAAAAAAAAAGGGAAAAAAAAAAACAGCCCAAACUGAAAUCCUGUGUAUGUUAUGUCUGUUACAAAUGUCCUAGAAGAAAUUAUGCAGCUAAUCGGUGAAUAAGUCCAUCUGGAGUAUUGGUUUGAAGAUGACUCCUUCUGAUACUUUCACAACAAAUGGACAGUGUUGAACUCAAAUCUUAUUUCUUGGUAACAAAGCCUGAAGGAAGGAAAUGAAACCACAUCUAAAGGAAAAGGCAUUGAUAACUGCAAAUGUUUGCGUCCUUUUGUUUUUAAGAGAUAUGAUGUGAGAAUAAAAAUAUGUAAAACUUAUGGAAAACUAGUCUAGACUUUAAAAAAUUGUGAUCAGUUCACAAUGUUAAUAAAGAAAACAGGGACUAGUCCCUAUGUUAUAGCCAUAUUAAUGUUAAGCCAUAUUGACGAGACCAUUUUAUCCAGUAUUUUGGUCUUAUGAAAGUAACUGCUUUUCUUUAAUUCUUGACGUUUAUAACCAUUCAAGGUAGAAUCUUAGAAGACUAAGGUGAAAUCUCCCAAGGGCAGAUAUGUAAGUGGUAUGAUAUGUAACAGAGAUAUCAUUCACAAAUUGUAUAGUGGAGACUCUAGGGAAAAGAAAGCACAUUCUUUUUUUAAGAUGCUGUUCCUUAAUCUGAUCAUUAUUUAUUGGUAUAUUUUGAGUGAUGGGGGUGAGAAAGAAAAAGAUCCACUUCUGAUAACAAAAAUUAUUAGUCUGUUAAUAAUAAGAGGAAAACCUGAAUAUUUUAUACAUGUGAUAAAUGGGGAGCAGGGUAAAUUUAAAUAAAUUAGAAGUAUGAAGCAAAUUUUAAGUAUGACAAGAUAAUGUCAGGUCUCAGAGGUGCCAUAUUGAACAAUGUCCGUUAAACUAAAAGCUGGAUUAUGAAGGAAAUAUUUCAUUCAGUAUGUCCUGAAUGUGAUUGAUUUGUGUUAGGUUAAGGUUGUUUUUUUUUUUUUUCCAUAACCUUUUAAGGGUUGGUUUAAAAUUUCUAGAAUAUAAAAGAUUAAAAUAAUGAAAGGGAGCUAUCACGUAGGUGCCAUUAAAACCUAUAUUUGGAAUAUGCAUGUCAACAUGAGUUUUCCUUUUAUAAUACUUAAUAAUAGUAGAAGAGUCAUCAGUCAUUUCCCAAAGUUUAAAUCAUUUAAGGAAAUGGGGAAACAAGAUUCCAGGUAGGUAAUGAGACUAGCAGAAGAUUUUAGUCCUUAACAAAUAGACUUAAACGACUAGAUUAAAAAUGGUGGUUUUAGAGAGUGGUGGGUCACAAGUUAUAGUUUUUCAAGUGAAAAAGUUUUAAAGAUAAAAGCUGUUUUUCUUUUUUUAAAAUCAGAAUAUUUUUUAUUUUGGUUAGAAGUGGAAUCAGUUAAUAGGAAGAUAGACUUCCUUAAAAAGAGGGUAAACCAUAGAGAAAUCCAGGUCAAAACUAUUUUGCAGUAAGGCUUAUGGAGAAUGAUAUUUUGCCUAAAAUAACAGAAGCAUCUUUGUUUAAAAUAUACAGGAUCACAAAGACCUAAUGUUAACUGAUAAAUAUAAAUGACAUGUUUUAAAAGAUUUUUUAAUUGAAAGUCCAAAUAAUGAA